GCCCGUGGCCGAGCAGCCGCCCUUGUCCGUGCUCUCGCCACUGUCUCUGACCCUGCCUCUGCCCCCUGUCCUGUGCCUGUCACCUGUCCCUAUCCCUUUCCCUGACCCUGCCUUGGCCGUGCCGCUGGGAGGCCGCUCACCGUCCUGCAGGCUGCCGUACGGCGCUGGAAAACUACACCGUGUCUGUUUGUGUGUGUGUGUAUGUAUGUGUCUGUGUAUACACGAUCCUUCAGUCCUAAGAGCUCCUGGGGUGCUGUCUAGGGUGUUUCAGUAGCCUGGCUGUCAUCUGGGAUUGGAAGUUAGUAUAUAAUGAGACCAUACCUUUGUGAUAGCACCCCUGUAAAGAUAAAAAUGUGCCUUGUAGUCCUACUUUUUUACCCGUGCAGUGGCUAUUUAGCUCUUCCUCCAAACAGGAGGCACUGACUAUUUCUUCGGGGGUUGCAGGUGUAAAGUCUGCUAGAAAAAUACGCCAGGAAAACUUUAGGUUAAACUGGAAGGUGGGAGACCUGUUGCUGUGUGUUGUUCAUUUAACAAAGGGAUUACUGCUGUGGCUAAAGGGAUAAUACUAGUAUGUUGCUCACAACAGUUGUCAUCAGAUAGAAGAAAAAAAAAUAUGGUUUUCACUCAUGUUCUUGUAAUCAAAUGUUUCUGUGUAGUGCUAAGCCUAUGAAAUUUAGUCCCUGUUACAUGGGAUGAUAAAAGCCAAAAAUACAAAAUGAGAGAGCUCCCAAUGAUAGCUCUUAACCUGGCACCCUUUUGAGGUUAUCAGCAAUAAAGCCAAGGGCCACUGGGUCCCUUCUGAGAUAGGGUCCUGCAGACUUGGGCUUUUGCACAUGCCUAAGAUUAGACCAAGGAGUUUCAUGCGAGAGUAUCCUUUUCUUUCAUAAGGUUAUUUUUCCUGGUGUGUUUCUGGCUGAAAACCCAACAUAUUUCUCAGUUUGUGCAACACAAAAAGGCAGAAUGAAUGCCUUCCUCCUGUUACUCCUCUGUUGUCUCAUAAGGUGUGCUUUGAAAAGGUGGCUGUGGUUUGUUGUGUGCCUUGGGCUAGAAACUGAUGUCUCAAGCCUUGUGUAAGAUGUAAUUCAGGUGCAAUCUUAUUUCUCUUUACAACUGGUAAGUUCUUCUUGUUUCACAUGUUUCUCAACAUAAUAAGAUGCAUUAUUAGGCCCAUUCCUCAAACAGAACUUCACAUUUCUUUAGAAUUUUAUGAUCUGGAACUUUGACAUAAAUGAUAAUGAGAGGUCAUCUCCCACAUGGACAGUUUUUACCUAAUAUCAGUUAUAGCAGCAGUCUAUGUGAGGGUAAUUGAAGUUAUUUUGAUUCAGAAAUGAUUGAUCUGGGAUCAGUAUGACACCCUAAUUAUAAUAUGGCUAUCAUUGUUAAGAUUUCUGUCUGUGUAGAAGACAUGAUGUAAAGAAAGGUCUAAAUAAACAAAGGACAAGUGGUUUUGGUGCCCUUUUACAUGUCACUUGAACACCUGGAACUGAUGAUAAGAGGAGUCUCAGUGUUUUACCUGUACCUUACCUUGUGUUAAUGUAUGUUGUGUUUGAAGAUUGUUUUUUUAAAAAUGGUGUAAGACAGUGUGGCUGUGUCUAUGACAAGCAAGCCCAUGCUGAAGCCAUUUGCAAAAGAGGAAUGCAGUAAGUUUAGAGGAACAGUAUAUUUCUUAUCUAUUGGAUCCAAUGUCUUCUUGAUUGUUUUUCAAAUUACUCUUACUACCUCUGUGUUUCUCUAAAAUUGUUUACAUCUGGCUCACAAGAGGCUUUUCUUGGAGUAGCAUGAUUGCUUUUUCUUUCCCAAGUGGUUGUCCUUGACACAAGUGAAAAACUACACAUGCAGACUAAAGUAUAAUUCUCGUUAAGGCCUUUUCCCUGUCUCUAGGCAAACACAACUCUAACACUACUGUUUGAUCUCUAUGCAAUAAAACCCCACAGCCAUGUUAUGACCAGAAGUGGGAAAUACAACUUACUGCAACAGAAGAGUAGUUUCUCAUAUUUACUUAUGCUAAGAGGAAAGUAAUUCACAUGAAUUAAGUCUUGUUAGAUAAGUUCAUCUUUUGUUUUACUACACAUUAGGGGUUUUUGUGCCUGUGACCUUCAUUAUUAGGUAUUGACAAACAGUGAAGCAGCUCAUUUUCUUGGAGAAAAUAUGGCUUAGGUCACCCCUCUUUAAAAAAGACUUGCUAAAAUUUUGUCUGAAAACACUGGUGUCAUUUGAAGCAGGAAGGUGAUGAAUUCACAAAAAAAAAGGAGUAGCAAAUAUUAAUAAAACAAGAAGAAUGCAGCUGAAUGCAUCUUCUCUAAAUGAGUAGAAUAUCUGAUGUUAAUGCUUAAAUAAAAUCAGUGGUAAAAUUCCUAUUUACUUCAAAGGGGUCAGAAUUUCACUCCAAGGUAUGCAAAGAAUAUUUGAAUAAGACAUAAUUCAUUGUAGUAAAAUAGACAAGAGCUAAAGGCAGACAAAUGCAUUUGAAUUUGUUUCUUGAAAGGUAUUUCACAGGUGACAACUGAUUUUGUUUUUAUAUGAUAUUCAUACAUGCUUUACAUAAUACACAGAAACAUAAAGGAAAACUUCCUUACAUUUUCUUAAUUGCCUAAAUAAGAAAAUUACUGUCCUUUAAGGUGUUUAGAGUUACAGCUUUUAAUCUUUUAAUUCAGGAUGUGUCUUCUAGGAUUGGCCAAGAAUUCACGUUUUUGAAACAUAUAUUUCCUAAUUGUACCUGUGGUUCUUCUGGUUUACAGUUCAAAGAAUUGCAUUUACAGUACUGUGAACCUGGUAUUUUUUCCUUACAAAUUCCAGGUUGUUCUGAUGUUGAUGCCAAUAUGAAUGAAUAUGAAAUUUCAGCUUUGUUUUUUUCCAAAACUCUGUAUAACUUUAAAAAUGUAAACCACAUCCUAAAGUACACAGUAAUAUAUAAUAUUAGCUAAGUUAUUUGCUCAGUGGUGGCUCGGCAAAAAAUAUGAGAAUUAUUUUGAAUAGGUAUUAAAGUGUUCCUGUGAAUGCUAAUUGUUUAAUGAUUUUCUUUGCUUCUUACUAUUUUCCCAAAGGUGUUUGAAGGUGCUUUAGAUCCUGCUACAAAAAGCAAAAUACAGAAAGGUUUCAGAGUUUUGUCCUUCUGGAGCAAGUAAUUCCUGCAAAAUCAACAGAAGCUCAAGAAGAAGCCACUGACUGUCCCAUUGUCUUGAUAGAUUGUAAAUCCAUCAGGGAAAGACUGUGCAUUUUAUGAAGGGAGCACAGGAGACUUUCUGUUCCCAGAAUGCAAGCUGACUCCGGCCUGUUGUGGUAUGGAUAGAGAAUUAGUGAUGACAGUUUCUCCUUAUUUUCCACUCUAUCAACACUGUGCCCGAGGUCUGAUUCUCCAGCCCAGUGGUUCAUCUGUGCCCCCAAAACUGGUCUUGAUUUUCACGCCAGGAUCCUACCUUAGAAGAUAUUUAACCCACAACAAUGUUCUCCAUGAUCUUGGAAACCUCAACAUGGAGAUGAAGAAGAAAGCAAACCUAAAAGUAAACAAAUCCAAAAAUCUUCCCAAAAUUUGAAACAAGCAUUCCCCCCAAAAAUAGGACUUACUGUGAUGCUUCUGAAUAGAAGAACCAUCCCCAAGGUGCCUUAAAUCAGCAUAAACUAUUUCCCCAGCCAUGGUUGCUCAGAAGCUCCCAGGAGAAGACCAAAAGUGACACUGUCCUUGGACAACCCCUUGCCUUGUGAACUACACACUCACAUCUGCAUCUGGCUUCAGGAAAUGGGUUUUUUGGUGUUAAUACCAGGUUUUAGUCAGUGCUACAAUUUCCCAAAGCAACACAUUUUGGCAGAGGUAAAAAUGAUGCUUUUUCCUCAGACAUCCAAAAAAGCAAGCAAAAGCAGAAAUUUGCCACAAUACAUACCGGGAGCCAGAAAUAGGAAUCCCUGAAGGCUGUUGUGAGGUGCCAUGACAUUCUGGAACAGAGUGAUCUCCAGCAGUGUUUCCUCCAAUUGCACACUUGAAAAAAGCUUACUUGGACAAUCCAUCUCCCUAGCUGAGAAAAAAUUCCGGAAAUAUGGGAAAGGAAGAUGAAGUGGGAGCAGGUUGUGCCUCAGCAUUGGGCUUGUUCCCACAGAGCAGACACAGGUGAGGCAAGAGCACCUUUAAAGGUGGAACCCAAAAAAUGGAGGAAAUGAGAAUUUAUUCCGGAGUUUUGGGCAUGGAAAGGAACAAGCGGGCAGGUCACAGCAUGGAGAUGAAGCCGGAGGCACGUGUCACCUGCCAGGUGAUGCUGGCAGUGCUUUUCACAGCUCUGUUCAUCACAGCCAUCACUUUUGCAGUGCAAGCUUUUCAGCCUCAUCCCCAGCCCUGCUUUCAGUGUCCUUUUGACUGGAUCAGGUACAGAGGAAAAUGCUACUAUUUUUCUGAGGUUGAGGGGAACUGGACAUCCAGCCAGGACAACUGCUCAGCACUUGAUGCUUCCUUGGCCAUGCUGGACAGCAUGGAGGACUUGAGCUUUAUCAUGAGAUACAAAGGCAUCUCAGAGCAUUGGAUUGGCCUUUUGCGGGAGGAUGAGGAGCAGCCAUGGCAAUGGGUGAACCGCUCACCUCUAUCUCACCUGAGAGCAGCAUGGCCACGACAGCUGCACAAAACCCUGGUGCCAACACUGGCCAGAGCUUCAUCUCUUGCUGUUGAAGAGACAAAAACCCCUCAGGAGGCAAUGGGUGAGCCACCACAAGCUGUGGUCAUAAAGACUUUUGGAGGACUGGAUGAGACCUGUGAGGAGAAAAUCCUGUCUCACCUGCAAUCCCUAAGGAAGGUGUUGGCAGAAUCAGAAUUUCUGGACUGGAGAGAUGUUUGGAGCAUAAUAAGCCGCUUGAGUGAAAUGAGGCUCCACCUCCCUUCGGGGCUCACCAAGGAGCUGGAGAAGAGCCUGAGCUCCUGCUGCCACGAAAGUGAUGCUCUGUGGGAGGCUCUGGAGAAGUUCAGAGACACAGAUUGCCCCAUGGGUCUCGCCACAACAAAGACAAUGCUGGAGACUGGCAUGACUCCUCUCCCACAGCUUUUGGCAGAGAGAAAAAGUGUGCAGUGGGAUGAGGAGGAGGAGCAGGAUGAGGCCAGAGAACCCUGCUGAGGCUAGGAGCUGGCUGGUAGCUCUCAGGUGGUCAUUGCCAGGAGAUGCAGGACGUGGACACAGUAGGUGGACUCUGCAAGAUGCCACCUGUGCAUCUUCAUCCUAGGUGCUGCCCAUACUCCUAGGGAGACAAAUGGUUUUAUUAUGAGAAGCUCCCCUUCCAGCUGCUUCAAUUAGCAACCAAUCUUGUGUU